AUGGACGAACUAGAGUUGGUCUGCUUACUAGAAUGGAGAAAGUUUGAUUGGAACAUAAUAAAAGAGGAUAUUCAUGCACCCAAAGCUUAUGCUUGGAAAGUCUUCGUUAUAGCUGAAAUUUAUUCCCAAUAUGAUACUUUUAUGUACAUGGACACUUCUAUAGUAAUAGACGAUGCGGCAUCGUUCAACCCUAUUUAUGAGGCUAUAGAUAGUGGAAAGAUUUCCGAAACUAUAUUUCCUGGAGUAGCAAUUCACAGUAUCCAAUUUGGAACGAACUAUAGGACUUAUACUUAUCUUCCCUUAGCAGCUCAUAUGGUUAGAUGGGAUAGUGCAAUGUACGAAGCCAAUUUUAUUAUAUUCCAUAAAAGCGAGUAUACAAGGAAUCUGAUUAAAUGGUCACUUCUUUGUGCAGCAUCCAAACAGUGUAUUGAGCCUGAUAACUCUUUCAUAAACUGCUCUUCAAAUUAUAAUAAUGUUGGAGAUUGCCAUAGAUACGAUCAGAGCGUCUUUGGAAUUAUCAAUGUUAAUGGGGAAUAUCAACGUUCAAUUCUAUCUGCAGGUAAAAUCAGAAAUCAAGUCAAUCAUUACAAUAAAGUGUAA